GAAAACGCCGGUCGUGCCGCUGAAUCGAUCCGGCGUCGUCGCGCGCUGCGCGGGGACUCCUGACGCGUCCGUUGCCCCCUCGCGAGCCUCGCCGACACUUAAGAUACGGACCCAGACUUGGAUUACUCCUUGACGCUAUUCGGAAACUAUCGCGAACAAGGAGUUCGACGUCGCCCCGCCGAUCUCCGGAUCGCUUUCUUCUCGCAACUUCAUCAAAGAGCUCGCAGACAGAAUUAGGGCUGCUACUUUAAACUCGCGUUUUAAGAAACGCUGACAGUUAAAGCCAACCAUGCGUUUUGCGUUUCGCAUGUCGUUAAACAGCCGGCGCGAAAAAUGAUCGCUGUAAAUAGCGAGUGUAUAACUAUGACGAGAAGAUGCCUGCUGACGUUCAAACCGUUCAGGAUAUUUGUGGCUGGGAUCGGUUUCUUCAGUCUCUGCUUCUUAAUGACCUCUCUUGGGGGGCAGUUCUCGGCCAAGCGACUGGGCGAUUCCCCAUUCAGCAUCCGAACUGAAGUGCUGGGCGGUCUGGAGUCUCGCGGGGUCCUGAGAAAGAUCAGCGAUAUGUUGGAGAUCAUCAUGAAGAGGAUCGACACCCUAUCAAAAAUGAACAACAGCAGCGAGUCCCACAGACUGGAGGAGUUGAGCUCUGCUCUCCACAGAUUCCAGCCGGUGGGUCUGGUGGAGCGAAUCCAGGCCAUCGCCCAGAAUGUCUCUGACAUGGCUGUUCGAAUGGAGCAGAUUCUGAAGAAGACUAACAUCCCCGCCAGAGGCCGAGAUGGAGUUACAGGCCAGUGCGAAGUCCCGAAGGAUCCCAGGUACCCGGAUUGCGCUAGCAAAGUGGAUUGGAUGAGAGCCAGGUGGACAUGACCUUGCUACUCCUUUUAUGGAGUAGACGGCUCCGACUGCUCUUUCCUCAUCUACCUUAGUGAAGUCGAGUGGUUCUGCCCCCGGCUGGCCUGGAGGAAUCAAAGCAGCCACCCACACCGGCAGCCUGCCAAAAGACAGGCAUAUUUCCGCUCAGAUCUGUCUCUACUGUUGGAGCGGGUCGGCUCGGGCAAAGAAUCUCUAAGCUUCAUGAGGAGGCGUAUGCGCAGGCUGGCUGCGCAGUGGGCUGCAGCUGCACGCGCCAGACUUGAUGAGCGUCUCAUGAGUCAGUACAGAGAACAGAAGAGGAUCUUGGUGCACGUGGGCUUUCUCACAGAGGAGUCUGGUGAUGUGUUCAGUCCAAAGGUGCUGAAGGGUGGCCCGCUCGGAGAGAUGGUCCAGUGGGCAGACAUCCUGACCACCCUUCAUGUGCUGGGACAUAACCUCAAGAUAUCACUCUCAGUCAAAGAACUGCAGGG